AUGAAGCUCCUGCCCAUCCUCUUCGUCCUUACCGCCGGCCUCUCUCCCGCCCUGGCUCAGGUCUGCCCCGACAAGAACCUCCGAGAAUGCUAUGAUUGGUGCGACAAGAACAACCCAAGCAACGGCGCCCACUAA